AUGCAGCUGCAGGGUGACGCUAGUGUCGGUACGAAGCAGCCAGAAUCACAGCAGGAGUCCGGACGAAAGAGGAGAGGAUGUUCGCCCCGACCAGGACACUGGAGUCCCCAAAGCAAGGCUCCGCGCACGCCCGGGGGAAUACAGAACGCGCUCAUGGAAGACGGAGGUACAGCGACUGCGGCGACCGGGGACACGAGUACACUGACCGGUACGGCGGGAUCGUCUGUAUGUACGCCUGAGCCAGGGCGUGAGAAGACGAGUUCUGCCCGUACGAACCACCUGGCAGGACAGCUACCGCAGGGUAACAUGCUUCGACCCCCGACAAUUCCCGGUCGCCGCGUCAACGAGCAUCCGUCUGGAUCGGGAGAUCAGGAGGCAGGGGGUGGGGGGUCGUCAGCGACCGAUGCAGGGAGCAGCAAGAGGAAGGGCAAGGGGGCGCCUAAGGGAGGGAGUGCGAAGGGAAAGGGAAGCUCCAGGGGAGGGAAAUCGAAGGCGAAGGGGAAGGGGAAGGCCAAGGAGAUAACGAGUUCAGGAUCCGCCACCAAACCACCAAGCCCCAGUUGCCAUGCAAAGGCGGGCGCCACCGUAGCAGCUUGGGAAGCGGCGCACGGCGGGAGAGACAAAUGGAACUGGCAUGAUGAAGAGAAGUAUGAGCUCCUUCGGGCGUUUGCUUCGUGCGAGCAACGUGGAAUGCACCUCGGCCCGGAAAACCUGGACCUGAAGAAAAACAACGAGAGAGCUUUCGAAUUGUGGAAGAAGUUCAUCCUCCCGGACGUGGUCGCGAGGCUCAACAACAAUGACAAGUACCUUUUGCCCCCAGAGUACACCGAGAGGAAGUUCAUGCACGCCGGAAACUACUGCCACAUCAAAAAUUGGGUCUUCGGGCAAAAAAGAGAGUACGGGAAAGAGGUGGCGGCGAGGAACACCGCUAACAAGAAGUCCGGGGCUGCGGCGGACGAGCGGGAGGACAAAGACCCGACGCCGCAGCAAGUGGCUCGUGACGACGCAUUCGCGACGAGCGCAACCUCCACGAUGGGGAUAAACAACUACGAAUCACCCGUUACGCCCGAGGGCGAUCCUGGUGAAGAGGAUCGUUUGCAGGGUGGCGGCAGCUCGGGGCAACGGCGCCAGGCUUCGGGCGCAGACCGGGCUACCGGGCAGCGCAGGGGCAACGGGUCAGCCCUCUCUGGGGGUGACGACCGGGGUGAACGGGCGGGCCGCGACUUCCCCAAGUGUAGCCACGACGAGCCUAGCGUCAUCGUCGAAGGACAGGGAGUGGAAGCGGGCAAACGCUUCUAUCGAUGCGGUCAAGACGACAAGUGCAUGUUUGUGCAGCGUGUGAGAGACCUUCAGCCGAUGCCGUCGCCACUUCCUAGCAGCGACGAAGAAGACUGCGGCGAAGACGGCGUGGUGAUGGAUACCGGAGACGGUGAGCCUUUCAACUUGGACGACGACGAUGCGGAGGUCCGCAUGUCUCAGAACACACCCGAGAAGAGCCACCGUUCGGCCUCACCAGCCCAUGUCGUGAAAGCCACCACGGCGAAGCAGGCGGAGAGGAAAGGGCGCGGUCGCAAGCCGAAGACUCCAGCCUUCAAUUCAGAGUCUGCGUCCGACUUGCUUCGAAGCGGCAAGGACAGUGUGCAGGAAGUGGGCAAAAGCAUCGUAGGUGGCCUGAGCCACAUCGUGAAAUCGGUCCAGCAAAUCCAGGCUCGGGCAGGCGGGGGCAGUAGUGAGAGUGUAGCCGGAAGUGCUAGCGGGGGCGGAGGUGGUAGCGGGAGCGCGCCAAAACAGGAGCCAACCUUGAAAGAAAAAACCGAGGCGGCGAUGACCAACCAGAACUUCUUGAAGCUCCAGAUGGAGAUGGCGCGGAUGAACAGCGAGAGCGGGUUAGGUGUAGGCGUUUCCGAGGAAGAGUUCAAGGAAACCAUGGCUAAUUGCCGUGUUGAUCCUGGUUGA